AUGGGUUUGACGAUGAAAGGCGUGGAAGCUCAACCUGCACCUGCUUUGGCGCGUUUUUCGUCUAGAGGGCCGUAUCUACCAAGCCCACAUAUCCUCAAGCCUGAUGUUACAGCGCCGGGUGUAAAUAUUCUAGCAGCCUCACUUCCCACUAUCGCAAGCGGUUAUGCUAUCGACUCCGGAACAUCCAUGGCAUGUCCCCAUGUGGCUGGAUUGGCCGUUUUACUGAAAGCUGUGCACAGGAACUGGAGUCCCGGGGCGAUCAGGUCCGCAAUCAUGACCACUUCGUAUACGUUCACGGAUGACCACCACCCAAUCGCCGACCAAGGCUACGAUGGCAGCGCCGCAACGCCUUUUGAUAUUGGUGCAGGCCACGUUGAUCCUCAGAAAGCUCUCGACCCCGGACUCGUCUACAACCUAACCUGGGAAGAUUACGUCUCGUAUCUGUGCACUCUCUACAGGCUUCCCGAAAUUCGACUAAUCAUUGGAAAGCCUAUUGAUGGAUGUCCGAGCGGCCUCCAGUUGGGCUAUGAUGCUCUCAACUAUCCAUCCCUGACAGCGAUCUUCCAGAGGAAUGCCGCCACCUCAUCCUCUGCCACAUUCACCAGACAACUGACAAACGUGGGAGAGCACAUAUCGUCUUAUGUGGCGGUUGUGGAGGUUCAGAAGGGACUGAAAGUGAAAGUUGUUCCGGACGCUCUUCAAUUCAAAUACAAAUUGGAGGUGCUCGAGUUUAAAGUAACAGUGGAAGUCGAAGAAGUUAUGGGAGACACAUUUGUGCUAUACGGAGAUUUUAGCUGGAAAGAUGAGAAAGGACAUGUUGUAAAGAGUCCUGUGACGGCACUGUUUCUGUAA